AACCGAGACCGCGGCGGCUUUCGUUGUUGUGUUUUACAUAGCUCAACAUUAGCAAGAGCACAAAAGAGCAUUCUUCCGUCCCUAAACGUACUUAAUGUCUCCGGUGCAACCGUCAGGAUGAUGGACUCAUCCCUGAGCUACAACCCUGACAAACAGGAGCAGGUGGAGGUCGACAGUUUGAAAAGAGUUGCGUCGCUGGAGCUCAGCACCUUACUGGACCCGCAGCAUUCCUGCAUCGAGGAGAGAGAACACCUUCAGGUCUACCUCCGAAUCCGCCCCUUCACCUCAGCCGAGACCAGCAAUGGAGAGUCUCAGGACUGUGUGACCAUCGAGCUUCCCGACACGGUUCUGCUGAAGCCUCCCACUUUGUCCCUCUCAGCGAGACUUAGCUCCGACAAAUCCCUCCCGCAGACCGGACAACGCUUCCAGUUCUCUCAGGUGUUUGGUCCUGAGACAACACAGAGCGAGCUGUUCGAUGGAACCGUAAAGAAUCUGGUCAAAGAUGUUCUGGAAGGAGGAAACUCUCUGGUUUUCACUUAUGGAGUCACAAAUGCUGGGAAGACCUUUACAUUCUUGGGUCCAGACACCGAUGCCGGUAUCCUACCCAGGUCUCUGGAUGUGAUCUUCAGCAGUAUCGACGGGCAGGUUUUCCCAGGGAUGAGCAUCAAGCCUCAUCGCUGCCAAGAGUUCACAAGACUCACCAGAGAGAAACAGGCUGAGGAGGCGUCCUUCAAGAAAAACCUCCUCCGGCAGCUUAAAGAGAAUGAGAAAAGUAAUGCCAGCCUGUUGAACGUGACCAAUAAGACUCUUCUUGAAGGCUCCUCCAUGCUGGCCGCUAAUGUAGCAGCAGAGGAGAAAAUCAGCAUGGAGCUGGAAUCAAACACUAAGUUCUCAGUCUGGGUUUCAUUCUGUGAAAUCUACAACGAGAACAUUCACGAUCUUCUGGAGGUGGCCCCCAGCGGAGCCCCGAGGAGGACGGCACUGCGCCUGUCCCAGGACGUCAAGGGCAACGCGUUUGUCAAAGAUCUGCGUUGGGUGCAGGUGAACAGCGCUGAAGAGGCUUACAGAGUCAUGAACCUGGGCAAGAAGAACCAGACCUUCUCCUCCACUCGACUCAAUCAUCUCUCCAGCAGGAGUCACAGUAUUUUCUCCAUUCGAGUUUUGAGGAUUGAGGAUACUGGGCCGUUACCGAGGGUCCACACGGUCAGCGAGCUGUGUCUGUGUGACCUGGCCGGAUCAGAGCGUUGCGCCAAGACGCAGAACAAAGGAGAACGUCUGAAAGAGGCAGGAAACAUCAACACAUCGCUGCUGACUCUGGGGAAAUGCAUCAGUGCACUACGACACAACCAGCAGGCCAAGCUUCUGCAGCACGUCCCCUUUAGAGAAAGCAAGCUGACCCACUACCUGCAGGGCUUCUUCUGUGGUCGAGGCAAAGCCUGCAUGAUGGUCAACAUCAACCAGUGCGCCUCCAUGUACGACGAGACCCUCAGCGUGCUCAGAUUCUCCGCCGUGGCUCAGAAGGUUGUAGUUCUGUCCUCCAGACCCCUUCCCCUCAUGCCACAGAGGUCCACCAGUGAGGUGUCCUUCAUCGUGGACGACGCUGAGAGGACGACUCUACGGAGCAGCAGGAGGAGGAGGAGGAGCAGCUCCCUGAACGGCUGGGAGAGCAGCCUGGAGGACGUACAGGAGGAUGAGGAUGACGAGUACGAGGAAGACAUGAGCCUGAUGGAGGACACACUGGACCAGACUGGCUGUGACGACGAUGACAACGAUGAUAAAGUUGUCAUCUCUAAGAAGACGCACCAGAGGCAGGUGGCGCUGUUGAAGCAGCUUCAGAUCCAGCUGAAGAAGGAGCGAGCCGAGGGCCUGCUCAUGGAGGGACGAGUCAGGCAGGAAAUCAGCACCGAGUUCUCGGAGCUCUUCUCCGAGAUGCAGAAAGACUACGAUGACCGUCUGGCCAGGGAGAGGGAGAUCAUGGAGGAGCGAGCGGAAAGGAGGAUGGAGAUUUUGAAGAAUCUGUUCGGCAAAAUGGCCGCACCCGGAACCAGUCAAGACGCACAGGCCAUGGACAUAUCGGUGGAUUCCAUCGGGGCCUCUCUUUCCCGCCCAGGUUCAGGCCGAGCCGGAUGUCGUGCUGACAGACGUGGUGCGGUAGAGGAGCUGAAUAAGAACGAGCACGAGCACAACGCCUGUGAAGCUGAGGAUGAGGAGAAGACGAUGCUCGUCUCUCAGCUCCGGGACAAGUCCUCAGAGGUCGCCCGGCUACAGGAGCUGGUGGACGAGCUGCAGAAGACGGAUGAGAUGAACUCGCGUGAGGGAGAACAGCUGCAGGAGGCGCUGGCUGCCCUGGAGCAGGAGAGGAAGGCCAACCAGGAGGCUCUGUCAGCUUUGGAGUAUCAGACUAAAGGGAAAGAGGAGGCUCUGGCCUCCUUGGAGGAGGAGAGGAAAGCGAGGGAGGAGGCUGUCGCUAGGCUUGAGGAGCUGAAGCGAAGUAAAGAGGAGACGCUGGCGUGUCUCAGAGAGGAGAGGAAAGACAAAGAGGAGGCCCUGGGAGCUGAGAGGAGAGCCAAGGAGAGGACGGCCGCCUCCCUCGCAGAAGAGGAGGAAGAGAAGAGCGAUGUUCAGUCGGCUCUGGACGUGGAGAGGAAGGAGAUUAUCAGGCUGGUUGAGGAGGGAGACGCACUCCGACUACAACUGAAAGACACGACUGACAAGCUCAAAGCCGCAGAGCAACAGGUCACCACGGAGACGGAGAGAGCUGGACGAGCUUUAACUCAGCUACGAGCUGCUCAACGCUCCGAGGAGGAAGAGCAAGAGAAAUCCUCCCUGAUCCACACCCUGACGCAGGAAGUGGAGCGACUCAGACAGGAAGUGGCGACACCUGGUGGCGUCACGGAUCAGCUGAGACGAGAAGUGUCGGAGCUCACAAGGAGUCUGGCUGAGGAAAAGGAGAAGCAGCGACAAACACUGGAUCAGGAGCUGGUGCAGGAGAGACGCCGGCUGGAAGAGCAGCGGCUGAUCUCGGACCAGAAGGAAGAAGCCUGGAAGCAGCAAACAGACGAGCUGAACAGGAAGCUGGAGGAGGAAGGAGAGACACUGGAGGAGCUCAGGUCUCAGCUCAGGUGUCAACAACAGGCCUCAGAGGACGAAGUAAAACGGUGGAAAGGAAAACUCGAGGAACAAACACGAGCUUCAGAAAAGCAGCUGCGAGAGCAGGAAGAGUUAAAAACCAAACUGAGCGAAGAGAAAGAAGCGUCCAGUCAGCUGGUGGACGACCUCAAGGAAAAGCUCAGCCAGCAGGAGAAAAGUUCAGAGCUGCUCAAGGCUCAACUGGAAGAAGUUAAGGCUUCGGCCGCUUCCUCCACCUCCGAGGCUGAAGAAAACCUGAGGAGGGCGAACUCCGACCUCCAGGCCGAGCUCACCUCCCUGAGGGCGAAGGCGGAGCAGGCGGAGGAGGCGAAGGAGUCCGGUCUGGAGGCGGAGAGGAGGAUGGAGGAGGUGGAGGAGAUGGAGGAGGCCUCGGCACAGAGGGAGGCGGCGCUGAGAGCGGAGCUCCUGGAGAAGGAGGCGCAGCUCGCCUCCCUGCAGAAGAGUCUGAAGGAGGCGCGGGAGGAGCGGGAGGAGGAGGAGUUCCGGGCGGUGCAGGAGGCCCGGCAGAGGGAGGUGGAGCGGAGGAGGGAGCUGCUGGCCGUGGCCCACGAGGCCAUCGCUCACAAGGACGAGGAGCUGGACCAGAGAGGCCAGGAGAUCAGCAGGCUGAAAGAAAAUGCCAAACAGGACUCUGAGAAAGUGAAGAGCCUCAACGUGGAGCUCCAGAGGAAAGAGGACGAGUCUUCAGACCUCAGAGAGAAAAUGGCUGAUUAUAAGAAGCAGAUCCAGCAGGUCCAGAAGGAGAUUUCAGCCAUGAGAGAAGAGGAGAAGGUCCUGAGGCAGAAGCUGACGGACGCAGAGAAAACCAAGAAGCAGCUUCAGUGUGACCUCGCCACCAGAGACCGAACCAUCCAGCAGCUCAAAGUGGAACAGUCUUCAAAUGCAAAGUCAGACGAGUCGCUGCAGCUCUACCAGAAGGCCUGCAAAGACCUGGAGGCUAAGGAGCGUGUGAUGGAGGACAUGCGUCUGGCUCUGGCGGAGCAGGAGGAAACGCAGGAGCAAAUGGAGCAGGUCCUGGAGGAGAAACUGGACGCCAUCCAGGAGCUGUCCAGCGAGGUGGAGAAACUGAAGGGGAUGCUGCUGCAACAGGACGGUGGAAACAAGACCCACCGUCUGGUCGACAGCCCGUCAGACGAACUCAAAGCGGCCAAGAAGGAAAGCGCUCGUGCACAGGAAAGCUUGAAGAUGUUCACUGAGAAACACCAGGGUGAGCGUAAAAAGUGGCUGGAGGAGAAGCUGUCGCUGAUCGGCCAGGCCAAAGAGGCGGAGGAGAAGAGGAACCAGGAGAUGAGGAAGUAUGCAGAAGACAGAGAGCGCUACAAUCGGCAGCAGAACCAGCUGGAGUCCCAGCUGACAGAGAAGGAGCAGACGAUGGAGAAGUGGAGGAAGGAGAGGGACGCUCUGGUGUCGGCCCUGGAGGUCCAGCUGAAGAAGCUUCUGUCCAGCCAAGCAGAGAAAGACAAGCUCAUCCAGCAACUACGUCAGGACAACCCACCGCCGCCGCCACUAGAGGUGGAUCCGACUGGUCCCAGCGUGGCCGAGCUGAAGGCCGCUCUGUCUGAGAAGGAGGCUGAGAUCCUGAGACUGAACCAGGAGCUCAAAGCUUUAGCAGACAGACAGAAGGUCACACAGACUAAAAGCAGCGAGAGCCCUGCAGCGCUGGCCGGGGACCCCAGGCAAACCCAAGCUAUUAACAGGACGUCUGGAAGCAGAGAUACCAGGGCGUCAGUCUGCAGCCAGAGCUCCACGGGCUUCCCGUCCGUGCUGGACUCCUCGGAGAUCUCCACAGAGAACGGCAGGACGAGUCGCUUCCCCCGGCCCGAGCUGGAGAUCUCCUUCAGCCCCCUGCAGCCGAACCGCGUGGCCCUGCGGCGCCAGGGGGAGGACAACGCCGUCACCGUCAAGAUCACCCGCUCGGCGCGCAAGAGGAAGAGCGGCGAGAUGGAGAAGUCUUACAUUUUCAGGCGGAGUAAACGAGGAACAACACGUCAGGAAGAAGUGGAGGCCGAGAACAGAAGGAACACAAGAACCAAACUGACGCCAAAGCUGACGCCACGAAAAGAGGAGAGCUCUUCCCCAGCGGGGAACCACGACUCCCAGAGCAGCAUCCGCAGCAGAAAGGAAGGAACGCUGCAGAAGAUCGGAGACUUCCUGCAGAGCUCCCCGACUCUGCUCGGCAGUAAAGCCAAGAAGAUGAUGAGUCUGGUGAGCGGGCGCAGUGAGAUGGAAUUUUCAGCGUCCUCUUCGUCUUCCUCCCUCAGUCUGACGGGCAAGAAGAAGAAAAGGAAACUCUACAGGCCGGAUAUCUCCUCCCCCCUGGACAUGCCGGCCCACUCGAUCAUCAGCAGCGAGCCGGAGGAGAAGGAGAGCCACCAUCAGGUUAUUAAGAGGUGCCUUCGCCCCAGGAAAUAACUCAUCUCCAUCUAACUCUUUACCAAACAAGUGAAGGGAGCGUUUAGCUGCUCAUAGCUCGGCCCAGUCCCAGGACACAGAGGCACAUACUAACAUUUAAUCUCAAAUCAUCAUAUCUACAUAGCCUUAAGAGUUUUAGAGCAGAAGAAAGUCACUGACAUGUUUUCAGUCUUAAUGCUAAGCUAAUCCGUUAUCUCAGACGUGACACUUCUCACAGAAUCAGCUGACAUUCCUCCAAUGGUUAAACAUGUUUUACUCUGUUUAUGCAUCUACUUUAAACUAGUGAGCACUCUGUGUAUCUUUACUAACCACUUUAUAUUUAAACCACACUUUCAUGUGCAAUUCUUUUUUUUUUAGAUUUUUGUUGAAAUGACCAAUCUGAGCUGGAGUCUGUUUGGAUGAUUCUUUUUUUUUAUUAUUAUUAUCUCUAAACCAUUAACUCGUUGGUUUGUUGUUCUGAAAAGAGCUGCUCGUCUCACUCCACGCUCCAUAAACUCCGUCUGCACUUUGAUUUAAGAAACAAGAUCCGAGCUGAAGAACAAAUGGUUACUUACACAGAUGCUGAAUAAUGCAGGACCAAUCCACGGUGGUUCCACCGUGACACACCUUCUCUUCAGGUUACCGUGUUCUGUUCUGGAGAACCCUCGUUCUUUUGUACGGUGCAUUAAAGGUUUCUUUCAUUACUGAAGUUUUGUUUCUGUUAGCUCAUUAUAGGGCACUGUGAUUAAAUACUGGACGUACUGCACUUCAA